UGCUCUUACGCGGUGUUCCCGGGCUCAGACCGUAGGACUGCGGGCUGGAGGCUGCCUGGGGCCCCUGGGAGCCGGCCCUGAGCACGAGCUGCAGGAGGAAGAACCGGGCCUGAGCUGCCAACUCGGCGAACAGAACCAGCACCGGGGUUACACACAGUAUAAAGCAUGGCGGCGAUCAAGGCUCUCCAGCAGUGGUGCAAGCAGCAGUGCGAGGGGUAUCGAGAUGUGAACAUUACCAAUAUGACGACGUCAUUCCGCGAUGGUUUGGCGUUUUGUGCGAUCCUUCACAAGCACCGGCCUGACCUCAUAAACUUUAAUUCUCUCAGCAAAGAAAAUGUUUAUGAAAAUAACCACCUGGCUUUUCGUGUUGCUGAAGAAAAACUGGGUAUUCCAGCUUUGUUGGAUGCUGAAGACAUGGUCCAACUUAAGGUCCCGGACCGGCUCAGUAUCCUGACUUACGUGUCGCAAUAUUACAACUACUUCCACGGCAGAUCUCCCAUUGGUGGCAUGGGGGCGGUGAAACGUCCCCCGCCAGAUACCAUUGAGGAGCCAAUUGGAAAGAAAGUUACCAAUGAUGUCCCACCGAGCACCAACCGUCCACAGCCUGCUCCGAGAAGCAACCCACCAGCAUUAAAGGACAACUUGGUCGUUGAAAACGCUCCUGUGAGAGCGGGAAUAAGAGAAAUUGACAGCAAUGGAUCAGUCAGCAGCAGCUGCACGCUCUGCGGAAAGCAUGUUCAUUUGGUCCAAAGGCAUCUGUCUGACGGGAAAUUGUACCAUAGGAAUUGUUUCAAAUGUAAGCAGUGUUCACGCACUUUGCAGCCAGGAAAUUAUAAAAUUGGUGAUGACCCUGGCACCUUCAUCUGUUCAAGUCAUCAUCCCACCAUCACUUCACCAGUAACGGCCAACAGUAGUCCUUCUGGACCAUAUAGACCUGCAGCAAGUGCCUUUACCAAUAACCAGAAAAGCCCAUCUGUCACAAGUUCGCUGGUACCCAAGGAGAAUGACAAAACUCCAGUAAAUAAAUUUGUUCCAAACACCACAAACUCUGUUAAUCACGAGCCAACUAAUAGGACGGCAGUGGGUUUUGUGAGUAACAAUAAAAACAGCUCAAAUAUCGGUAUGAAAGCAGGACAAGGACCAGCUAGUAAAGUCACACCAAGCUUUCAAAAGGCAACUAAUAAGGAAAGUUCAAGUGCAGCAAACACGGUCACUCCAGAGCCAACAAACAGGACGGAGGUGGGCUUUUUCAAUGUCCACAAAUGGAGUCCAAAUGUCUCCAACGCAUCUGAGUCUGAAAACACAAACAAAGCUUCUACUGGUUACUCUAGCAAAAAUGUCAUUAAUGACACAGGUCCUCGGGUCCAUGAACAGGCAAACAGUCCAACCCCUUCUUAUCUACAAACUUACAAAGGGAAAACAGAUAAUGCAAACUCUUCGUUAUCCGGCUCGUCAAAGGAAGCCAAAAAAGAGCCAUGGCAAACGAAGACUUCCAGUUCCACAAGUAACUCCAUCAGUGUACUAUCCAGCCCUGGUGGAAAGUGGUCAUCUUCUCCAGUCUCAAAACAUGAACCUCAAGACAGUGACUCUUCUACAAAGAAAUUUUCAUCAACUGCAGCCAAGAACAAGGAAGCUCGGGACAAGUUCUUCCAGGCAAGUCCUGUGGUCAUUGAGCCAACAAACAGCAGUUCAUCAUCCGCUAAAGACACUCCUAAAGUUUCCAGUUCUAAUGGACCUGGCAGGUCUUUGGCUAUCGGUUCGACAUCAGGAACUUCAGAGGUGAACAUGGAUAAAGACAGAGACAAAGCUAGAAGUUACCUUCUGAAAGCACUUCCUGGAUCCAGUUCCCCAAAACCUGGAGGAGCUGAAAAGUCUAGCAGUGUAUCCAUUCCACAAAGGAACCUUGAUGUUAAACAAACAGAAUCCAAGACCGCCAGCCGUAAAGAGGAGCCCCAGAGACCUGUCCCGAAAGAGCGUCAGACUAAAGCGGCCACUUCUAGUCCAGAGCCUCCUAAAACCACCCCGAUGUACACCUUCAGCAAGGAAACUAGCGCUCCAAAUGCAGGGAAGAGUCUUGUUUCUACACAGACUGGUUUAUCCGGUGCUGGUUCCGUUCCAAACGCUCAAGUACCCAGCUCUAAAGUCUCAAAGUCAGAAGCCCCCGAAGACUGGAGAUCUUUGCUUAAAUCAGUUGAGAAGAGGCCCUCCAUUCCGGGGGCAAUUUUGGAAAAGCCUCCACUCCAAGACCAAGAAAAAACCUCUUCCCGAGUCCCGGAAAAAACCUCUUCCCGAGUCCCGGAGAAAACUUCUUCCCGAGUCCCGGAAAAAACUUCUUCCCGAAGUCACGAUGCAACAUGGCAGACAAAACCAACUUCGGUCACGACUACUGUGAUGGUGAACAUCAAUCCAAAUCCAUCUGGGAAAGAAAAUAAACCUGUGCAGUUUGUCGUAUCCCCUGCGUCACCGACUCAAGAAGGAAAACUGGAUGAGAAAGCGCGGCCGACCGCUACGCCACCAAAGAAAAAGCUUCUUAAGGUCAACGUGGACCUGAUCAGCGAUUUGCCAAAAACAGAACAAAAAUGGCAGGAUGCGAGCGAGGAGCCCAAGCACCCUUCCUGGCGUUUCCACUUGAAUAAAGAAGAUAAUGUGUCUUCCAAGAACACUGAGAACUUCGUGCCAUCGUCUACAGUUAAAAUAUCCAAGUUGUUAUCACAAGACUUGUCAGAAAAUGGAAGAGCUCCGUAUAAGAGUCAUUCAGAAUACAUCCCAGAAGAUGAAAUCCAGCAGAGACUGCAGAAAAUCGAGCAGGAGCUGGACGUCCUGGAGCUGCGCGGCGUUCACAUGGAGAAAGAGCUGCGUAGCAGCGAUGGAGAUGACUCGGAAGACGCGCUCAUGGUGGACUGGUUUAAACUCAUUCACAAGAAGCAGCUGCUGCUCAGGGAGGAAUCUGAAUUGAACUACAUUUCCAGGACGCAGAUGCUUCGGAAACAGCAGCACGAAGUAGAAACGGAACUCCGGAAUUUGAUGAACAAACCCGACCACCAAAAGACCACGAAGGAUGCGCAGCUGGAGCAGGAACUGCUGGAUAAGUUAUUGUUGCUCGUCAAUGACCGGAAUGAGAUUGUGCAAUGUCUGGAUGAAGACAGGAUCCGGGAAAAGGAAGAGGAUGAAGUCAUAGAAGCAAUGAUACAAAGACAUUCAGAUACCCACCAGAAAGAGGAGAGUCCAGACCCUAGUACUAAGAGAAGGUCCCGAUUCAGCUUUUCUGGGCUAUUUAAACCGAAAGAUAAGAGCAAUGCAUAGGAGAGGCCCCUCUCCUCCUUAGAACCCUAAGAAAGUUCAACAACCCGGGAUACACUGUGCAUUACUUUAUACUGACACGCUGGAACAC